AGGCAUCUAUGCCCAUGUUCCCCCUAAAAAUAUCAUGAUCCCUCUUGGGAGUGACUUCGUACAGUGAAUGAGCGCCCUAGGCGCAGUUCAGCAGUACCCCGUUGUACGUGCCUAAAGCGCAUAUUAGUGAUGUUCUGAAUAGUGGUUCGUUCGUACUGUCUAUUCAGUAGAUCCGGUUAACUUCGUCUGAAUACUUGAUAAAUCGUUUCAUCUAUUGCUUGUUGAUCUUAAUCAAAUUCGGGCUUAUCCUUACAUCUAAGUAACCUACGCUGCAUCUAAGUAAGCUCAUUAUCAAAAAAUGCCGCCAAAAGGGAAGCCGAAGAAGUCUGCCAAGGGUCAGGGUGGUUUAUUUGCCAGCGUCUGCUUUUGUUGUGCUCCUGAACAGGGGAACAAGGUCGUUAGUUUGACCCGAAGAGGGCUGGUCACAGACCCGAACGACUUCCGCAACCAAGUCCAAGGAGUGCGACGCACUUAUCCAGAAUUCAUCGAUGCGUAUAUUUCUUCACUCUCCAACAUCUUAGUAGUUUACUCGCUUUAGUAAUCACUUGUGGCUUCUUAUCAAAAUCAAUUGUUCAUUCCUCCGUACAUGUAGUACUCUGCUAUUUUUGUAGUUUGAUGUCCUCUGAGGUUUCUUGGUGGCUCUUAUGGUCUUUUUUUCAUAGAAGAAUCCAUCGUUUCUUGAAUUCUAAGGCCAGUGUGAUUGUUUAAGGGAACGCGUCGAUACAAAACAAGGCUCGACCACGCCUUGGUCCAUCUCAAUGUGUACAAGGCUCGACGCCUUGGUCCAUUUCAAUGGGUCUUUUUUUUUCAUCAUAGCUAGUGCUUUCAUCAUCAACUUCAACACAGCGGUCGCAUGCGCAAAGUGAAAUUCUUCUUCGUUGAUGGAAAAAAGCGCUUCUAUGUCGACGACGUCCAGGAAGGUCGUAUCUAUGUCACCAAGGAUCGUGCCGGAAACAAUGCCUAUUUUGUCGAUGCGGAGAUCGAGGUUCUUGGCCACGAACACAAUAUGAUUUUCAUUACUUGGGAUGAAGAAGGGCAAAAGCUCUUCUACGUGGAAGACGAAGACUUGGGAAAGGUGUUUAUCGAAGAAGACACCCAUGGCAGGCCACAGUACUGGAUAAGAGAUCGGCACGACUCCUUGAUGCCUAUAGUGUUUGUCAAGCUAGACGAUCCUGGGAAAGGCGCCGCUGCAGACCAAGGACAACACGUGCAUUAUUACGCUUUUCCCGUCGCUGUCUCCGAUGAAGUGUAUUUCAAUAGCGGGUUCCAGAGAACAGGAGUGUUUCAGAUCUUCUGGGGCACCAAGUCUGGGGACAAACGGUUCUACGUAGCCGAUGAAAACGUGCAUGUGGACAACUUGCGCAGAGUCAUUUUCGACGAAGCCUACCAGCAGUGGAGAUUCUACAAGCCUCUAGACUACCAAGUGGAGAAAAAUGAGCCUAUGACGGAGGACGAAGAGGAUCCUGGCGAGCUUUUUCCCCCAGAGCACUACUUUGGAAACGAAGCAGGCAGAGACUCUUUCGUUGGUUUCGAAAAUGCAGUCCAUGGGGUGACAGGUGCGUCACUGGCAGAAGCAGAGCAGGCGGGGUCAGUGGAGCAGACAGGCGACGCGAUGAGAGGGGAGGCUGGAUAG